AUGCUAGAAGCACACUGUCAAAGCAUUGCCCAUUCCUCGCAAGCAGGACUGCUACCCUCGGCGGAACGUGAGACAGGCUGUCCUCGUAGCGCCAGUUUCGGUAGACCUCUGUUCUCCACCGACACGGAAUUCUACAUGGAUGCCCAUGCGGCCAACCCCUCCCGCAACCUAUAUACAACACCGCCUACUUUCUACAAUUUGCUCUCUUCUCCACAGUUUGGAUCCACCUACCCCGCGGCGACUUACCAGUCAGAGCAGACCCACAGCCCAUCUCCACCCUCACCUUCACAGCCACCCUCGAAACUGACUUCAGAUAUUGCAGCUAGGGCCGCCGUUGCAGCCUUCGCCGCUAUGACUGGCGCCCAGACUCAGAGCUCCUGUAUGACCGAGAACAACUUUUCAUACCAGCCUGUAUCCCCCAGUCCGCGAGAGGCCGAGAUAGCCAAGGAAACAGCGCGAAAUGGCAGCAGCCAUCAAUUUCCGUCCGCCCAACAAACCUGGUCUUCGAGCGUCUGUACUCGAAACGAAUGCCUCCAGUCAGAUCCCCACCAACAGCAGCACAUUGCUCCCAGCUCCACUUACACUGCUAGUUACCAACAUUCCCAGCAGCCCUGCUACCUUCCUCCAGAUCUCUCCCUAGUAGACGUGCCCAGAGAGCAAACAGUAUGGGACCAGUUGCAGCGUCCUCUCCAGAUGGAACCCGAAGUAUUGGCCAAUCGGGGUCAUUCUGGCAGUCUGGCGCCCAGCUGGCUGUCU